AUGAAGCCAGGCGAUGCGCACAGGCACUCGCAGAGCGACGACGACUCGGGAUGCGCGCUAGAGGAGUACACGUGGGUCCCGCCGGGCUUGAGGCCGGAACAGGUCCACCUGUACUUCUCGGCUCUUCCAGAAGAUAAGGUCCCCUACGUGAACAGCGUGGGAGAGCGGUAUCGUCUCAAGCAAUUAUUACAGCAGUUGCCUCCACAGGACAAUGAGGUCCGCUACUGCCACGCGCUCUCCGACGAAGAGCGGAAAGAACUCCGGCUGUUCAGCGCGCAGAGGAAAAGAGAGGCACUGGGCCGAGGGCAAGCGAGACAGCUGCAUGCGCCGGCGCCGUGCGAACGGUGUGAGGAGGGCAUGUCCGCGGGCGACAUGUGCGUGUCCGCCGCCCGCGCCGGCCCCGCCGCCCGCUGGCACCCCGCCUGCUUCGUCUGCUCCUCAUGCCAGGAGUUGCUUGUCGACCUCGUGUACUUCUGGAAGGACGGGCGGCUGUACUGCGGCCGCCAUCACGCUGAGACGCUCAAGCCCCGCUGUUCCGCGUGUGACGAGAUAAUCCUCGCAGACGAAUGCACGGAGGCCGAAGGCCGAGCGUGGCACAUGAAGCACUUCGCCUGCGCCGAGUGCUCCCGCCAGCUCGGCGGCCAGCGCUACAUCAUGCGCGAAGCCCGACCGUACUGCUUGCCAUGCUUCGAUGGAUGCUUCGCGGAGUAUUGUGACGCCUGUGGAGAACCGGUCGGCGUGGACCAGGGACAGAUGUCGCAUGAAGGACAACAUUGGCACGCAACUGAGCGCUGCUUCGCGUGUCAUACUUGCCGAGCCAGCUUGCUAGGUCGUCCAUUCCUACCCCGGAAAGGAGCAAUAUUCUGCUCCAUAGCGUGCUCAAAGGGCGAGCCGCCGACGCCCUCCGACUCCUCAGGCCCCGGCCCGCGGCCCCCGCGCGCGCCCCGCUCCCGAAGACCACCGUCUCCCAAAUCCCCGCCCGUGACGCCGCAGCGAGAACCCUCACCACACAUAGACGCGGAUUCUGAGCCCAGUGGGUCACUGGCACCAGAAACACCGCCUCCGCACCCACCGCCGCCGCACGCUUGCCUCAGCCUCGACAGGGCUCUAGCUGAUCUGCGUCUAGAACAAUCUAUGACCGAACAUCAGAUCCAACCCACACCAACGUCUGAAGAACCACAAGAGGAGCCGCCUGAAGAUUGGAGACCGCCGCAUCCUGUGGACGCGCAAGUUGUAAACCCUGGGCACUCUUCUUCAAUGCCUGAACUUACGUUAGUAGACGGUAACUCCCCAAGGAAACCUAGAGGAGGAAGAACUGUAAGGUUCUGCGGUGAUGAUAACCAAGCGUUUGAGCCUGACGAGCCUGUAAGGAAAGAGAAAGUAAGAGACGAUGACGCGAGCAGCUACUGCAGUACAUGCUCCUCGUCUUCUUCGUCAGCUGAGUCUUAUACUUUACCGACGAGACGAGCUUACGGUGGUGUAAGAAUUUCCUACGUACCCAAUGACGCCGUGGCCUGUGCCAAGAGAGAAAGACAGAGAAAGAAUGCGCAGAACGACAAGAACUGCAUCAUCUCGUGAUCCUGGACCUUCCUCGCGCAUCCUCCGAUCGAAAGACUGACUUUUUGAUAGUUUUAUCCCACGCCAUAGUUAAGGAGAAUUGUAAUCAAUGUAACAGAUAUAGAAACUAGAGCUCGGCUACGGAAUAAUUACGCUACCAUAAUAAGUACAACAUAUUUUUUGGAGAGCCCACACAAAGAUAAAAGUUAAAGAAGCUUAAU